CGCAACGGUCCGGAGCGCAAGGAGUGGACGGCUGAGGAGGAUGAUGUCAUCCGAACCGGCGUCGCCACUCACGGCCUGCGCUGGCGCAAGAUUGCCCAGAUGCUGCCGGGCCGCUCGGACGACGCGGUGCGCAACCGGUGGAACCGGCUCAAGGGCGAGGCGUGGGAGGAGGCGAGGGUCUCUUGGACUCGCGCGGAGGAUGCGAUCAUUGUCAACUCAGUUGCGGAGGUUGGGCACAAGUGGUUCCAGAUUGCGCAACGGCUGCCUGGCCGCACGGACCACGCCAUUCGCAACCGCUAC